CCGCACACGGACGUGGCAGCCACUCUGGGCGCAACCUCUCCCCUUGGCCACGUCUUGGACGAUGCUUGGCUCUCUGGCCGACAUGCAGGCUGAGCCACUCCAACCACUACGCUACCUCAACCUCCGACGUGGGACAUGGCUCGCAAGAUGAGCAAGGAGGCUCGCUGGGACCGGCCCGGCGCCUGGCGUCUUUGUCGGUCGUUUCACUGCGAUGAUGAAGCGCCUGGAUAUAUACCUAGUAUCCUCGCCGUUGCCUCAACUGUUGACCAUAGAAACAUGCUUGUCAGCGCUAUCGUUACUGAAACAGAAUCUGAGAAUUAAACAUGCACACUUCUUACUAUUGGGCGGCAAUGCCCCUUUUGGCUGCCUCGGCAGCCGGCGCAGGCACACAGGAGUACGUGGACAACGCCAUGAGCGCCAUUCAAACACUCAACGACGAAUGGUACAAUGUACGCACGGGCAUCUGGGACGACGCAUGGUGGAAUUCGGCCAACAUGCUCACCACACUCGCCGACUUUGCGACACUCCGUCUCGACGAGGCCAAUGACCUGAAUGUCGGCGGCUACAUGCGCAACACCUUUAUACAAGCCCAGAGCGAAAAUGUCCUCACAGUCAAGCAACUCUCCGUCACAGGCAUGGUCACAUCGGCAUACUGCAUCGACGACGACGUCAAAUGCAAGACGAAGAGGCAUUUUCUUGGGAAGCGUGGCUUUGACGACUUUAUCAACGAGUUCUACGAUGACGAGGGAUGGUGGGCUCUCGCGAUGAUCAGGACAUGGGACGCAACAGGUGAUCAGGAGUACCUGGACUCCGCCGUCACCAUCUUCGAGGACAUGCAGACGGGUCUCGGAGGGCCUUGCAAUGGCGGCAUCUACUGGAACAAGGACCGCAAGUACGUCAACGCCAUUUCCAACGAGCUCUACCUCUCUGUGGCCGCAUCGCUGGCCAACCGCAUGCCCAACCGCGACUAUUACCUCACCAUCGCAAGGGAUCAGUGGGCCUGGUUCCGGGACAGCGGCAUGAUCAACAAGGACAAUCUCAUCAACGACGGGCUCGACGGCAAGUGCAAGAACAAUGGCAUGCAAACUUGGUCGUAUAACCAGGGCGUCAUCCUCGGCGGCCUGACAGAGCUGUACCGCGCGACGGGGAACAAGGAUCUCCUCCGCAAGGCGCACACCAUCGCCAAAGCGGCCAUCAAAGCCCUCGCCAACGACGAAGGCGUCCUCGUCGAGACGGACAAGUGCGAGAAGCGCAGCGGCAACUGCGGGCGUGACGGGCAGUCGUUCAAGGGCAUCUUUGUGCGCAACCUGCGCUAUCUGCACGACAUGGCGCCCGACGACGAGUUCAAGGAGUUCAUUGUCAAGAACGCAGACGUCAUAUGGGCGGACAAUCGCAAUAAGCAGAACAUGCUGGGCGUUGCGUGGACGGGGCCGUUCAUCAAGGCGACGGGCAUGUCGCAGGGCGCGGCGCUCGAUGUGCUCGUGGCGGCGAUUGGCGUGUCUGAUUGAGUUCGAUUGAGAAAAUACUAUUGGUUUUGGGAUACUUUAGAAAGCGAAGGGAGUCUUUGGAUUGGGAUAAAUGGAUGGGGGCUAGACAGUGGCAGACCAC